AUGUCUACUACGCGCAUUGCCAUCGUCACCGGUGCCUCUCGAGGAAUUGGAGAGGCCAUCGCCUUGCGUCUUGCAGAAGAUGGGCUUGACGUUGCCGUGAACGAUAUUCCUUCAAUGGCAGAAUCGCUCAAAGCGGUUGCCGAGAAGAUACGGCGAAAAGGCAGACGCUCUCUCGCUGUGACUGGAGACGUGUCGAGCGAAAAUGAUGUGAAGGUCAUGCUUGAUCAGGUCGUAGAGACACUCGGCGGACUGGACGUGAUGGUUGCAAACGCAGGCAUCACCGUGUUGAAGCCUGCUGUCGAGAUUUCUGUCGAAGAAUAUGAUCGCGUUAUGUCUGUCAAUGCUAAGGGUGUCUUCUUGUGCUUCAAGUAUGCGGCCAUCCGAAUGAUCAAACAGGGACGGGGCGGAAGAAUUAUAGGCGCUUGUUCCUUGUCUGGCAAGACGGGAAUGAUCAACCUUUCUGCAUACUGCGCAUCAAAAUUUGCAGUACGUGGACUUACUCAAACUUGUGCGCUUGAAUGGGCGAAGCACAACAUCACUGUCAACAGCUAUUCUCCUGGUUUUAUUAACACACCAAUGUUAAAACAGACCGAUAAGGACGGAAGUUCAAGCACAGUGGAGAAGGUGGGUUUCGGGAAGGAAACUCCAAGCGCACAGCCCUCCGUCAUCGGAGAUCUGGUCUCCUACCUCGUAAAACCAGAAUCUCAAUUCGUCAGCGGCCAGAGUAUCAACAUCAAUGGAGGCAUUUUCUUCGACUGA